UUUAAGAGAGAAAGUACAAUGUUUAAUGUGGAAGCGGAGGGGAGCCAGUGAGAGAGGAACGUGUGAAUUUAUCAACAUUUGUGCUUCCUUUCGCAAGCUGUGUGCCGAGGCUCUGUGCACCGGCAUGCACCCUCUCCCAAGAAUUCUGAAGAGCACGCCCCCUCCCUCUCUCUCUUGCUCUCUCGCGCUCUCUCUCUCUUACUCACUUCCCCCCCCACCCUAUCCCCACCUCCCACCCGGGCGCUCCCUUACACACACCCAUACACACACACACGCACGCACACACACAUUCACACACAUGCACACACAUUCACACGCACACACACACUGCUGUCGGGGAGCGCCGCCGCUGGACCGCGGCCAUCUCGGCAAAGGGAAAGGGAGUCCGAGCGAGGGCGAAGGGACAAAAGGGGAAGGAAGCGGGAGUGGAGCGACUGGAAGCAGGAUCCCGGCCGGCGCGAGGUGAAGCCGCGACCUUUACGUGGAGCAAAAAAGGAGGCGGCAACAAGGAAAGGGGAAACGCGAUCACUGUCACGGCUGCAGUGCUCCUUGACGCAGCAUGGGCAAUGCACCAUCCCAAGCACAUGCCAGCAGGGCCUGUUAUCCCAAACAAGAACUAGAGCGCGGCGGCACUCACAUGAUCUCCACGGAUGACCUGGAGUACCCGCGGGAGUAUCGGACGCUGGGCAGCAGCGGCCGGCGCUUCUCCAACGUGGGCCUGGUGCACACGUCGGAGCACCGGCACACGGUGACGGCGGCGCAGAGCCUGGAGGCGCUCACCAACCUACACAAGGCCGACAUGGAGCGCAAGCGGGACGCCUUCAUGGACCACCUGAAGAGCAAGUACCAGCAGCAGCAGCUGCAACAUCAACACCACAACCCGCCGUCGCCGUCGCACUCGCACGCCAGCAUGAGGGGAAGCUCGGAGAGGGCUGCUCGAGAACAGCAACAACCCAACUAUUGGAGUUUUAAGAGCCGCAGCCCUCGCCACUCCCAGUCCACCCAGUCGGGGCUCGCCGACCAGGCCACCAAGCUGUCCUUCGCCUCUGCAGAGUCCCUGGAGACCAUGUCCGAGGCCGACGUGCCUAUCGGCUUUAACAGGAUGAACCGCUUCCGUCAGAGCCUGCCCCUGUCGCGAUCUGCUAGCCAGAAUAAGCUACGCUCUCCAGAUGAGUAUGCAGGCGUGCUCUUCCUGCAGUACGGCGACGAGACGCGCCGCGUGCACAUCACCCACGAGUUGAGCAGCCUGGACACGCUGCACGCCCUCAUCGUGCACAUGUUCCCGCAGAAGUUGACGGCCGGCAUGCUCAAAUCGCCCAACACGGCCGUGCUCAUCAAAGACGAGGCGCGGAACGUCUUCUACGAGCUGGAGGACGUGCGCGACAUCCAGGACCGCAGUGUCAUCAAGAUCUACCGCAAGGAGCCCAUCUAUGCCUCCUACCCGGCCGCCGCCCACCUGGCCAACGGGGACCUGCGGAGGGAGAUGGUGUACUCGUCCUGUGACUCCUCCCCGACUCGCCGCCUCAACACGCUCCCCUCGUCCUCGGGCUCUUCGGGCUCCCCUUCCCGCUCCCGCCUCUCCUACAGCAGCGGCCGCCCGCCUUCCUUCGCCGGGUCCCACUCGCCCCACGAGCAGGCGCGCCACCCCCACCACGCUGCCGCGGCAGCAGCCCACAUGGCCAACGCGGCCCUCUCGCCCUCGCCCAGCGCCAUCCUGGAGCGGCGAGACGUCAAGCCGGACGAGGAAGUCUCGGCGAAGAAUUUGGCGCUGAUGAAGAACGAGUCUUUGUACGCGGACCCCUACAGCCUGAUGCACGAGGGCCGCCUCAGCAUCGCCUCCACGCAGUCCCUGGCGGCCAUCGGAGACCCCUUCAGUUUCCCCGUGUCCUCGGGCCUGUACCGCCGCGGCUCCGUGCGCUCCCUCAGCACGUACUCCGCCGCCGCCCUGCAGGGGGAGCUGGACGAUUCUCUCUACAAGCCCGGGGGGUCCCUAUACGCCGACACGUACUCGGCCACACUGGGCAUGGGCUUUCGCAUGGCGCCCUCGUCCCCGCAGAAGAUCCCCGACAUGCACUUGCGGGACAGAGACACGUACUCUGGCUCGCCCAACCGGGCUUCACCUGUCAGGCAGAACUUCCGCAAGGACUCUGUGUCCUCUGUGUUCAUAGACAGUCCCAAGUCCAGACCCAGCUCUGGCUCCGAUCCUCUCUGCCUCACCGCCGGACCAGGGGAGGGGGGCAGGGCUACACCCGGUUUUGGGUCAUCGCUGUCCGGACCAGAUUCUGAUGCCAGCAGGGAUCAUCGUCUGGAGCGCAUGGAGGCCAUGGAGAAGCAGAUCGCCAGCCUGACCGGCCUGGUCCAGAGCGUCCUGACCAGAGCGCCAGACAGUGACAGCACAUGCGGCCUGCUGCGCCUCUGCAUGAUGGCGGGCUGCCCCCCGGACCAGGGAGCCGACUUCUCACGGACAUUACCUUUCUCUUCCAGUGACAAGACCGACACCAACAGCGACGGCUCCGCCACCGGAACAGGACGGCUAAGGAAGAAAGCUCACACGCCGUCGGCCCCGCUGGCGCUGAUGCCUCCGCCGCCGUCUAACUCGACGCCGCUGAACAACGUCAGCCGCCUGCAGAUGCAGCUGCACUUGCACGGGCUGCAGCAGAACGCCAACGACCUGCGCAAGCAGCUCGGACAGUUGCGUAAGACGCAGCUAGAGAACCAGGACUCCAUGCGCACGCUGCUGAAGCGUACCGAAACUGAGCUGAAUGUGCGCGUGGCCGACGCCCUCCGCAAGCAGGAGGACCCCCUACAGAGGCAGCGCCUCCUGGUGGAGGAAGAGAGGCUCAAGUAUCUCAACGAGGAGGAGCUCAUCAUUCAGCAGCUUCAUGACCUGGAGAAGUCGGUGGAGGACAUCCAGAAGGAGUCGUCCGUCAACCACAAGCUGGUGAGCGUGCAGGAGUUAGAGGAGAAGACGGCCGUCCUCCGAAAGUUAGGCGAGACGCUCACCGAGCUCAAGAAUCAGUUCCCCAGCCUUCAGAGCAAGAUGCGAGUGGUGCUGCGGGUGGAAGUAGAGGCGGUCAAGUUCCUGAAGGAGGAGCCGCACAGGCUGGACGCCCUGAUGAAACGCUGCAAGACCAUCACGGACACCCUCAACACCAUGCGCAAGCAAGCCAGCGAGGGCGUGUGGAAAAAACACGAGGACUUCACCUCGUCCAAGCACAACGAGGAGCUGAGAAAGUUCCCGGAUUUCGAUCUGCCCACCAGCCCGCCGCUCGCCAUCAACGACCUCGGGGGAGGAAACAGCCUGUCCAACUGGAGCCCGCACACCAGCCUCUCCCGCCGGCACCACGGGAACCCGGCGGGCCAGCACAAGGACAAUCACCCGCCCGUCCCUCACAAGGGCAAAGCCCUGGAGGAGCUGGAACGCCGAAGCGCUGCUGAUAAAGCCUUGUCCGUCGAAGUUCGCCUGGCGGCCGAGCGGGACUGGGAGGAGAAGCGGGCCAGCCUGACCCAGUACAGCGCUCAGGACAUCAACCGACUGCUGGAGGAGACACAGGCCGAGCUCCUGAAGGCCAUACCCGACCUGGACUUUGCCGCCAAGCAGAUCAAGCCCGCCUCCAACGCCACGUGCUCGCAGGCGCCCCAGACGCCUCAGUGUGGGACGGCCACUCCCGAGCACCGCAGCGUCAACAAGCCCCUGCAGAAGAAGGAAGGCGGGUCCAGGCUGGGAUCCGAUGAGCUGACGGUGCCUCGCUACCGCACAGAGAAACCCUCCAAGUCUCCCCCGCCGCCCCCACCCAGACGCAGCUUCCCUUCGUCUCCGGGCUUGAUCACCCGCAGCGGGGAGCCCCUCAUUCCCGGAAAGAGCGUCAAGAAAUCCGACUCUGAGGAGGCAGAAAUCCAGAAGCCUCACGUGAAACUGCGGCGGACGGUGUCGGAAAACCCACGUCCGGCGUCCACGCCUCCGACGCUGUCCGGAGACAAGACAGACGAAGAGCAGGAGAAAAGUUCUGCCCAGUUGGAGGGCAGACCUUUGCGUUGCAUUCCGCACAUCAUGUUGACCGAGUGUCCCGUCCGAGAUGUGCCUCGUCGUUCGGUGACGCCGAGCGCUUCGCCCCCUCAGCGCGAACUGGAGUCACAGCGCUCCACGGACGUCAAACAAGAAGUGACUUUGCUCUUGACCGAACUGGAGAUGAGGGCGCUGUCGUCCUUGGAGGCCCAGGAGCUGAGCGGCGCCAUGGGAGUCAUUUUGCAAACGCGCACCGUCUCGGCGCACGGCGCGGCGCUCUCGGAGGCGCACUUGAGUGAACGGCCUCUGCUGCUGCUCUUCAGGGAGGAAGCCACGCUCAAGGAUGCAUACAGGCUGCUGCUUUAUAUUUUGGAGAUGUCGCUACCACAGCCCACACCCAGAAAAAGAUCCUCGCCCUGCUCGGGCCAGCGGAGCGCCUUGGUGAUGGCUCUGAGGAGAGGCAUUGAGACGGGGGACAUGGUUCUGAAACUCCAACCUAGCACCGACACCCAAAGUCCAUAUGGAGAUGCAAAUCUUUCAACAUCAGACCUCGCCUCCACACAGUCCAAACCAGGAGAAAACGUCCGGCAGAGUGCCUACAAAAGGCUCGACAGCUUGGAGGAGACCAUUCGAGAGUUGGAGAACACUUUGCAGGAGCUCAGCGGAGGCUCCCGUCCGGAGGACGCCGAGGCCAAAUCGAGCAAGAAGCCGCCAGUCCCGCCCAAGCCGCUGACGUCGAGACAGGGCGGGAAGGUUCCGCCCGCCACGGCCCCCAAACUGAAACAGCUUCAGCAGCAAAAUAGCACAGACAAGUACAAAGGUGGCAAGAGGGAGGACUUCCUGAAGACCCAGCAGCAGGGAGCCGCGACCGUUGAGUCGGCGAUCCGCCGCAGGAGGGCGGAGGGCCCCACGCUGAGGGCGUCGCCCGGCCAGGCCAAGGCGCUGCUGGCCAGCCUGUCGGCCGCCGGCCUGAGCGCCGAGGCCCUGCUGCUGUCCUCCGCCCUGCGCCAGCACCGCCUCCUCCGCGAACAGCAGCAGCAGCAACGGGCGUUGGCCUCCGCGGCCUCCUUGCCCUCGCCCAACAGCCGCUCGCCCUCGCCCGCCUCCUCCUCGUCGCAGACGCCCACCGCCACCCUGUCCUCAUCCUCCUCGCCCGUCCUGUCGCCCUGCUCACCCACGUCGCUCACGUCGCCCACCUCGUCCAAAGCUAGUUUGGAGGGCCUGAGCGGCUGCAAAAAUGGACGCUAAGCAAGUGUCAAAGUGUCCCAUUUGGACCAGUCUCAUGUGGUUCCAGAGGCCCACUGAGGGAAUUCUCCAUCCAACGCACAAAAUUUGACCUUCCUGCUGAUCUCGUUUGGUAUAAGCUGUUUGAAAAACGGAAAGCUGCAAUAAUCGUCACCACGUGAGUCAACUCCAUAAACAAGUGCAUCUCAAUAAAUCGGGAUAUG